ACCAGCCCCGGGAUCGAGACCCGCGCGCCGCCGCCUCCGCCGCCGCCCGCGCCAUGGCGGCCCCGGCGCUGCCCCCGCUGCCGCCGCAGCUCAAGAGCAUCCAGCACCAUCUGCGGACUGCGCAGGAGCUGGACAAGCGCGAGCCCGUGGUGGCGUACUACUGUCGUUUGUAUGCAAUGCAGACAGGGAUGAAGAUUGACAGUAAAACGCCAGAAUGCCGUAAAUUUUUAUCCAAACUUAUGGAUCAGUUGGAAGCUAUGAAAAAGCAAUUUGGUGAUAAUGAAGCAAUUACUCAGGAAAUUGUUGGCUCUGCUCAUGUGGAGAAUUAUGCCUUGAAAAUGUUUUUGUAUGCAGACAAUGAAGACAGAGCUGGGCAAUUUCAUAAAAAUAUGAUAAAGUCCUUUUAUACUGCAAGUCUCCUGAUAGAUGUUCUAACAGUAUUUGGGGAGCUCUCUGAAGAGAAUGCCCAGCACAGGAAGUAUGCCAGGUGGAAGGCAGCAUACAUUCAUAACUGCUUAAAGAAUGGAGAGACUCCUCAGCCUGGCCCCAUUGGAAUGGAAGGAGAGAGUUUUGCAGAUGCUGAAAGGGAAGAAGCAGGGUCAUCUUCUGUCCAUAGUGGAACAGCUCCAUCAUCGUCAUCUACAUAUGAAGCUAACAACAUACCAACUAGUAAUUACACUGGCAUACAUAUACCACCAGGUGCCCAUGCACCAGCCAACACUCCAGCUGAAGUACCUCAUAACACAGGAGUGACAAGUAACACCAUUCAGCCUGCUCCUCAGAAUAUACCUCUGGUUGAUCCUUCCCUUUACAGUGCUCAGUCUGCAGGAGAAGUCCGCUUGACUCCAGAGGACUUUGCCAGAGCUCAAAAAUAUUGCAAAUAUGCUGGCAGUGCGUUGCAGUAUGAAGAUGUGAGCACUGCCGUGCAAAAUCUACAGAAGGCCCUCAAGUUACUCAUUACAGGCAGAGAAUGAAGCUUUAAUCCAACAGAUUCAUGUCUUUCGCUUAAAGAACUAACAGUUUAUUACUGUACCUGUUAGGGGAGUUACACAGACAUUCUCAAUCCCAUCACUCAUGACUAUGAAACCACUGUUUCAGUGUCAGAUUAGCAAUUAAUGGUACAGUAGGAAUCUCUGUUUUGAUUUAACAGACAGUGGAGCUUGAAACAUGAGUGCAAUGGCUUGAUGUAUGCAAAAUAUUAAAGAAAGUACUGUGAACACCACUCAAGAAUUAGAAUUCAUUUUGCAAUAUUUGGAUUAUCAGAAUUGGAAAAUGCUCACUGUAAAAAACUUGAGUAUUAGGAUGUUUUGUUAAAAUUCUUACUCCUGUUUUAUUAUUGUAAACAAUGAUUUAAUAAGUACAAUACCUUUAACAUGGUAACUAAGAUUAGUGCUUUCCUCCUGAAAUGAGAGGCUGAAUGCGAGAAGGCUGACAGGUCCACACUGGGAAGGACUUUUCUAUACAUAAAUUAUUUCAGUAUUUGUAUUAUCUGAGACAUAAGUCUAAAUUGAGAGAGUCUUGAGGACAUUUGUAUUUAAUUUGAAAAUGUUCUGGAAGAAAACAUCUAUUGAUACUUCAGAGGGAGUAAUUUUGAUGUGUUCCAAUUUAAUCCCCCACAGGUGUAUGGACUACUACAUGUAUUUUUGAUUAUUGGUUCUUGCUCCUUCUGCGUGAACACUUAAAAUUUUAUGUAUCUGUAUGGGUUAAUUAAGAGAAAAUAUUAAUAUUUAUCAACAAUGAUCCCAAAACUGGAAGCAGAGAUUCUAAUUAACUUGAACUUUCAGGGAGACUUACUGACAGAACAAAACUGUUCCAUCUUUUUAAGAGGCUGGAAAAAAAGCUUGUUCUUCAGCCAUUAAAACACUAUAGGUUCGUCUCUGGUAUUAGUGUCAUAGAGCUUUGUAUUUCCAACUAAUAUUUUUUCCUGUCUUGCUUUGUUGUGAAGACUUUUGGACUUGGGAUUUAAUUAAAAUAUCUUGGAAACUGAA